AUGACGAGUUGGCUUACAUCAGCUCUUCAAACAGUUCGUGAUAAAUCAGCAGAUGCAUUGGAAUUUGUUCGCCGAGAUUUGACUGAAUUUACAACAGUAGUCAAAAAUGAUACAGAAUCUUACAUAGCUAAAAUUAAAAGUCAAGAAGUUGGAGAUCUCGGUAUCAAUCGAUUUGUAUCGAAAAUAAGUGGUGCUGACAAGACCGAAGAGAAUACAGAAAAACCUAGUUCUCUUAAACCGUCAUUCGAUCGCAUUCAUAGUGAAUUAACUCGAUUACAAAAUGACGAAUCAACAUAUUUAACUGAUCCUGUACAAACUGAGGCGUAUGAAACUUGGCGUCAAACAUCGGAGUUUAAUGUUGAUGAUCGGAAAGGCGAUAUUGCACAAUUAUUAAUCGAUGCUCCUCAUGUACGUUCCUUCUAUGCAAAUCUUGUUCCAGCACAGACCACGCAUGUUGAUUUUUGGUCUCGAUAUUAUUUUCGCGUGCAUCAACUUGAAGAAGAAGAAGCAAGACGUACGCAGUUGCUCCGACGUGCUCAUGAAAUCUGUUCGGAAACCAAUGAUAAUGCAGGAGAAGACAAUGCUAACGAUUGGGAUGAACCCGAAGAGAACACUUCAGAAGAAGCACUGAAGACAACUGAAGAGCCAUUAGCUGUAAUUGCAUCUGUCGAACAUCAUGAAGAACAACAGGAAACGAUACACACGGAUUCAUCUUUUGAAAAACCAUCUAAUGAACGUAGUGAAAGUGAUACAGGUGAUAGUUGGGAUAGAGAAUUCGAUGAAACAGAUGUUGCUUCGUCAUCCCUACCAUCAGCAUCAGACGCUGAUCCUCUUACCCAAUCUGCAGAAACAGUUACAUCGGAUAAUUUGUCGGCAUCAACAACAACGACAGCAGCAGCAGUAGCAUCAUCAACGGAGAAGAAAAAUACGAAUGAAUUUGAUGAUGAAUGGGAAGCAUGGUCGUAA